GACGCCGCCGCCGGGCGGCAGGGGGCGCUGCGCCGGCCGCUGGGGCGGGAAGGGCGGUGGGAGUGAGUAGCGAGUAGCGUGGAAGCGGUCCGAGCUGCGCUCUGCUGUUGUGUCGGUGCCUCUCCUAUAAACGGGCAAUAGAGUCCUCGAAACAUCAUUGCCAUAACAUGAGAUAAAGCAGAGAAAGCACAUCCACUGAAGUAUGGAAAUGUUACCAUCUUGGCAAGGUGGGUUGGCAGUGUUUGUUGCUUUUUCUUCUUUCAUCUCCUUUCUGUUUUCAUCAGCUAGAUGGAAAGCCUUGAAGUGUGGUUAUAAAACAACAGUAAAAAUAGCACUGAGCAGCUGCAUUUCAGCUGUUUCACAAGGCUCUGUAUCAACUGUGUUCACCACAAUAAAAGCAUUCUAAUUGCCAUUCCUGUAAGUUCUCCUUGGCAUCUGAUAGGCAAGUAGUAUUCUUUCUGGCUCAUGAAUCAUUACUGGAAAUAAAUAGAUCUUGAGUAGAAAAUGGGUUGGUUCCGCUUGAGCCAAAAUAGAAUCCAAAAAAUAGAAGAGCUUACGUGCUUCACUGAAUUUGCUCUGCACUGUGGAGUGUGUAACAGUACGUGAUGGAAAUGAUGCCAAACAAAAACAGAGACAUAGCGAGAGCUGAAGACAGCACUUUUAACUUGUCAUUUUUCUAUGAUGAUUAAAUGCAUUUUCUUGUAAUUAGCAGCGAUCAUUUGCUGUCACAUGCCAUACAAGCUCACCAAGGCACCAGCAAGGAGUACUGAGUCAAAUAUGCAAAUGUAGAGCAUGGCACUGCAGAUGCGCUCAGUGCUUGCCUGUCUGGGUGCACCUCUAUGCACCAUCUGUGUUGCCUGGCUGAAGCGGAAAUGAUUCGUGAGUGUCUCAACUCUUAGGCUUGGCUUCGAUGAAGGCAGAUUUGGAAUUCCUUUCUCUACCCCACUGUCACUCUCAGCUGCUGCAGAGUUCUGUGCUGGUUCUUGUUGGAGAGGCUCAGAGAAGCAGAAGGUGAUUUAGCUCUAGGGAAAUAACAGACAUUGUAGAAUUGGGAAAUAACGUAAAAAAAAAUUCUACAUUAUGGAAAUGGAAAUAGAAACAUUGAUCUUAUAAACAAGUGUAUAAUGUAAAACAUGCAUUGGGAUGCAUUUGGACAUAGCACUAUAGACAAAAAGCCAAAUGUAGACAUACGACACAGAUAGGUAUAUUUUUAACCAACGAGAUUUUUGCAGUAUUACCAUCAACUAGAGUUCCUUUUCUGAUCUCAUGUAUUUACAGCUAUCUUGAUUGCUGUAUAUUUAAAGUACAUUUACUGCUUUGGUAUUGUAUGGUGACGUUUCUCUGAAUAACUAAAGGUUUAUGGUCCUAUAAAUGGAUGUGUAUUUUCAAUGUAUUGUGGGAAAUGUUGGAAGUGGGAUAGAAAUAAAUGUCAGAAAGAGUAAACAAAGAGAAAGUACUUUUUUUUUUUUUUAACUCUUGAGAACAUCUGAUAGGCAAUGAACUAUUGAAUUAAUACAAAACUGAGAUAGAAAGUCAAACCACAUUAAAGUUAGAAAUGAUGUUUUCAUUUUUCCGUUGUAUUCUGCACUUUCAGGAUUUCUGCUGAUGUGUAUAUAUAUGCUGAGGAUGGCAGAGUAAGAAGACAACACUUUCUUCUGGAAUCUGCUUGUUUUCUGUGCUCCUAACAGGAGGAAAAAGAAUCUGUUUAAUAUAGUAAUUUUCCCUGUGUGUUGUCAGGCAAUGUGUAAAUUAGGCUUUUUUUAUUGUUUGUACAUACAACCAUGCUCAAAAUGUUUUUAUCUAAAAUAUCCUAUAAUUUCUAACUAUGGAACAGCUUCACAGAUAGGAGCCAUACUAUAGUUGAGGAUUGCGAGUUACUACUGAAAGUUAUUUUCUUUUCUCUGAAUCUGUGGAUCAUCAAUUUAAUGAAGCAAUCCUGACAUAACCUAGAGUAUCAGAUCUUGCCAGUAUUUAAUGUAAACAAUAUGGAAACACAUGAGUAUUAAGUAUAGUGGUUGCUAGCAGGAAAAUAAAGGAAUUGUAAUGGGUUUUUUUUGUUUGUUUUGUUUUGGGUUUUUUGGUACAACUACUGGUCAUUCUCCUAACUGCUGUUUUUCCCAGCUUAUACUAUAAUAAUUUUAUUAUAAGAGAUUGAAUGCUCUUGGAUUCCAGUUAUAUGUGCAUUGAUCCCCUUUAUGUCUUUGCAUAGCCAGUUUUAGCUAUUUUUUAGCAGUCACUGCAUUAAGCACUGUGGCACUCCAAGAUUCCUCAGUUAAAAUGUUUUCAGCUGACCCCUGCAUGUCUGCCCUUAUGACUACAAAGUGAAAAGAUCUUUUUUAAAGAAAGACUGCCGUUGUUUAUCUUCCAUGCUGGAAGCAGAUCCUGCGGUUCUGAAAAGCACUGCUGUGAUCCUUUGUUCUUCUGUAAAAUGGGAAAAUGUCUUCCCCAGGUCUCUGGGGAUUUGCUGCUCCUCUGUGCCUCAGAGGGAUACAUUUUCAUUUAUGGAAAUGUUCAGAAUUAGCCUAUGUGCCUAUUGCCAUCUGUGCUUUUUUAAUUCUAAAUUUAAUAGAACUAGAUGUGCUACAGUUAAACUUCUGAUCUUGUCUUUGUAGUGAAGAUUCAUUGAUGGCUGUGCCUUUACACUGCCACUGAGCCCUUGGAAAGGGUUGGUAGGUAUGUGAUUCCUUGGCCUUCAACACAGAACCGGGUUUCCAUUUCAUGCUUUGCAGCACAGCAUUUCCCGUUUGACACAUUAAAGCCUCCGCAUCUGUGUGGCCCAGCUGAUCGGGUUUGCCCUUGGCCUGUUCCGAAGCCUUCAGCUGUUCAAAAGGCGGCGGGGCAGGUGAGGCCACGCCACCCCAUUCUCUGGCUCGUGUACCCCGGUGUUCGGCUGCCCCAUUCGGAGGCCUCUAAACCCGCGCCGGCAGCGGGCAGGGGUGGCCAGUGACUGCGGCUGCCGCCCCCCAGGCGCGUUGCGGGCCGCGCAUGCUCCGCCGGCGCAGCCCUCCCCCGUCUCCUCCCCCGGCCGGGCGGGCUGCGGGGCGGCCUCCACCAUUUCCGCGGGCGCGGGGCGAGGAAGAGAGCGGGGCCGAGUUCUGCCGGAGCGGCUCUUGCGGCUUCAGCACCGCGGCGCUGGACAGCGCCCGGCGAGCAGCGGCUCCGCGGCGCUGAGCGGCGGCCGGGGCGGUGCGGUGCGGUGCGGGCGGGACCGCAGCCGGUCUGGCUCCGGAGCUGGGCGGCUGCAGGAUGCUCCUCAAGCUGGCGGUCACGCUGCAGGUGCUGUCGCUGUUGGCGAGCCGGGCGCACGGCUUUCCGAAGCCCGCGGGCAGAGAUAAAGCUAUACACAACAGGCAAUUAAGUGUAGAGAGACCUUUGGAGGAACAGAUUGCUGAAGCUGAGGCAGACAAGAACAGAAAGAUAGCUCCCACAGAAAAUAAGCCAGAGUUCAGGAAUUAUUCCUUUGUUGAUGACUUGAACCUGCUAAAGUCAGUAGCAGAAAGAGAGAGGAAUGAAAAAGAGAGGGAGUCAAUUAGAAGCUCUUUGUAUGAACAGCAAUUGGCCAUUGAUGAUGCAGACUCCACCAAGAACCGCAGGCUCGUGGAUGACUAUGACUCUACUAAAAGUGGGCUGGAUUAUAAAUUCCAAGAUGAUCCAGAUGGCCUUCAUCAAUUAGAUGGCACUCCCUUGACUGCUGAGGACAUUGUUCAAAAAAUUGCUACGAGGAUUUAUGAGGAAAACGAUAGAGGAGUGUUUGACAAGAUCGUUUCCAAACUUCUCAAUCUGGGGCUUAUCACAGAGAGUCAGGCCUACACUCUGGAAGAUGAAGUGGCAGAGGUUUUACAACAGCUAAUUGCAAAUGAAGCAAAGGAUCGUGAGAAGGAGCCUGAAGAUUUUGAUUACCCUCCAAGCAGAGCAGACAGUGAUUCAAAGGAAAAGCAACAGGAAAAAUUGGCAUCAAGCAAAUCUGAUCAGGAUAGUUUCAUCAAUGGGGAAAUUGAUGAUACACUGGAUAACACAUGGUCAUCAUCUAAUAUCUUGGAAAGAAGAAAUGAGCUGCCUUCUGAAGAUGAUUUUGAAGACCUCCAGUACUUUCCAAACUUUUAUGCACUAUUAAAAAGUCUUAACUCAGAGACAGAGACAAAAGAGAAAGAGACCUUAAUAACCAUCAUGAAAACCCUGAUUGAUUUUGUGAAGAUGAUGGUUAAAUAUGGAACAAUCACACCAGAAGAAGGAGUUUCCUAUCUGGAAAACUUAGAUACAAUGAUAGCUGUGCAGACAAAGAAGAAACUUGAGAAUCCUUCCACUAAAAGCAAACCAAAGCAACCAGCAGACAAGAGUAGUGAAGAAGCAGACAGUACCAAGGAAGAAGCAGCUAAAAUGGAAAAGGAAUAUGAAAUCUCGAAGGAUUCCACAAAAAAUGAAGAACAAAAUGCAGCAGGAAACAGCGAAGAGCCCAGAGGAAAAGCUGAAACAUAUUUGGAAGCAAUCAAGAAGAACAUAGAAUGGCUAAAAAAGCACAACAAACAAGGUAACAAAGAAGAUUAUGAUCUUUCAAAGCUGAGAGAUUUCAUUGAUCAGCAAGCAGAUGCAUAUGUGGACAAGGGCAUCCUGGACAAGGAAGAAGCGGAUGUAAUUAAACGCAUAUAUGGCAGCCUGUAAAAAGCCGGUGGCUGCCCACCACGUAGAAAACUAGUGUAGCUUUCCCCCAUCCCAGCUCAAUGACUUAUGGUCUGUUGUUUUGAAGAUAUCAUUAGAAAUUCCUUUAUGUUGCACUGAUAACUUUUUAGGAAUGGAGAGCUGCAGUGCUCUGUACACUGACUGCAUACUGUAUUUUCCUACACUCGCAAAUCAAAUCUAAACACCAACUUCUGACACUGACUUUCUAUUUGACAGGGUAAAUAUUUAUGUAAUGCUCUCUUUGAUUUGUGUUUGGUUUACUUUGUAGAUAAACCUAUCAUUUCUGAUAUGGAGAAGUCUUUUAAUGCUGCACCUUUUUGCUCUCACUCCACUAGCUUUCUAUAGAUGCAACUAUGUAAAGGGCAUUAUUAGGAAAUAGUUCAUAGAUCUUUAAAUAAA